AUGGAGACCGUAUCGGUUUAUCCAACUCUUGAAUCUUUUGAUUUGUCAAAAUAUACCGUUACGGUAUCGAUGGACGAAACGCCAUCGAAUGAAACGGAUUCUGUCGAUCAGGACGAGGCCACCAGCGUUAGUACUGAUGAGGUGGGAUCUCGGACCGCGUCAGAUGUUAUGCAGCCGGUUCCCGUUACUCCGACUCAAUUACCAGUUCGAUCAAAACAGCCACGAAUGGGAUGUAAAUCGCUGAGCCGAUGGCUGUUUUCGCACAUUAACAACAUUGAUGAAACUGGAGAGCGGCAGUAUGUUACCUAUGGAGAACUGGUACAGGAGGUGAAUCGUGUAGCCAACUUCCUUCUAUACCAUGGCAUCGUGAAAGGUUCUCGAGUGGCGAUUUGUAUGAGUAACAGUAUCGAAUUCAUUUAUUUCGAAUUGGCACUAUUCCUGAUUGGAGCUGUACCAAUUCUAAUGAAUCCCGGACAUGUUGCAUCUGGACGCAUUCCACGAUUCCAAUGUACCGCUCUCAUCGUUGAUGCUCAAUACUACAACCAUGCUCUUCGAUCGAUUUGUUUGCAGCAGGUCUUCUGCCUCACUAAGAACAUUGGCUCGUUGUCUAUUCCUCGCCAUGUUUGGAUAAUAGAUGCUUUUGGAUAUCGUCAUUUCCAAUCAGAAUCUUCGUGGACUGAUGAGCACGAUGAUCAUGACAACGAUGUGGUCGCCUUCUCGACGAGGUUAGUUCUUGAAGUGGUUGCACAUAAUUCGGCUAGUGCCCAUCGACUUUGUACGGAAUACCUUGACAUGCUCACGGACCACCUGGAAGAGCAGAUUUCUGAAUCCCGUAGGCAUCAUCUGCUGGCAAGCGGUCUUCACACUGUGGAUUCCUGGUCUCUGCUGAUGCACUCCUUGACGUCAGACCAUACUGUGAUCCUUAUGGAAACGAGUCCGGAUUUCUCAUCUGUCACGUCGUUGGAUCGCAUCGCUGAGCUGAUUCAGCUGUACGAUGUAAGUCUUUUGGUGUUACCAGCACAAUUUCUCAAAUGUUUCUUAAAAUACGACCUUCACAAAUUAUACGAUAUAUCUUCACUUAAGAGUUUUCCGAGGAGGCCUUACGGAAAUGGGCUGGUUUUAUCUUCCAAUGAAUCAAACGUAAACAUUUCUGGAUAUUCAACUUUUCUCACAAGUGUUGCGAAUUUUGGGCUGAUUCCGGCCUCAGACGGGACUAGAACCCGUUACUGCCUCUGCUUUUGCCAAUACUUUUAUGCCACUGCUUUUUUAAUGCUAUUUCGAGUCCUUCUUCUUGCUCAUACGUCAUUAGGUAGGCCAGAAACUGAAAAGAAACUGAAAAGUGAAAUCUUUUCCCUUUAUUUUAGUGAAAAUAGUUUUUCAGGUUUUCUCUUGUAG